AAAUCAAUAGCGAUUCGGGUAUCUGAAAUUAAUGAAAGACCUUUGCCACUUAGCAGAAUAGGCCUAUAGGCAAGAAAUCCAGAAAAUCAAAGAGAAAUGCCGGUGAGAGUGGUGGACGCUUCUCCUACAUCCCCCGCUUCUGCUUCUAGCUCUGGUGUGGAUGUUGAGCACAAAUCGCCUCCAGCUUGUACACUUCUAGGUGUUGGACAGGCUUUCUCUGGGACCCAGAAUGUAUCUAGUCCACAGAAGGAUGAAGCAUGGAGAGUCAAUGUACGAAUCCAAGGUUGUGAUUUAGAGCAUGGCUAUCUUUGUGGCACUAUGGAAGCUCUUAAUGUUCCGAUGGCAGACACACCGGUAGUCACAUUCUGGGAGGGGGAGAUCGUUGAUACCAAGAACUAUACCUUCUUCACUAAUAAAUGGAAAGCAACAUCUGAAGUUGACAUACAGCACUGGACCAAGUUCCCAUCAUUUUCAUCCCUUCUGGACCAAGUGGAGGUCGAUGGUGGGAAAUCAUUGAACUUGAGUAAUUAUCCAUACAUAUUUAUGAGAUGGAAAGAGCAGUACUUUGUGAAUGUUGGAACUGACUGUGGAUUGACUAUAGCUGGUUUUUAUUAUGUGUGCUUCUCAUGUAGUGAUGGAUCAGUUAAUGGCUUUUAUUAUGAUCCAAACAGCAGCCCAUUUCAGAAACUUGAAUUGCAAUCAGCUAAAUAUGAGGAUAGAACAGGUUUCAGCUUUCCAUCAUACGAAUUGCAAUGAAAUAGUGCUGUGCAGUUGGCAUGAAGACUGGCUGGCCGCUGGAGCACCUUAACCCCACUGGCUUGAAAACCGCAUUAUUCACUUAGCAAUGACAAGGGGUAACAGUCUCAGAGUAGACUUAAAUUUUAAUAUAUUAGGACCAAGCAAACAGUUCACUUUGUAUAAAUGCACUGCAUGUGAAAUACUAUCAAAUGUCUGUUUUAUGUGUAGAUAAGAGAAGUGCAUUAGAAUGCAACCAAAACAAAAAACUAGUUUUUCCUUUGAUUUGAAGAUGCUUUCUUGUCA